AUGAAGACCAAACCAAACCGUCAUAAGGAAACAAACACUUUUCGGUUCAAACCGUUCUCUGAAAGAGUGACGGAAAUCGAAGUUGAUGUCUUUCACCGUGUGGGUCAUCGAUAUGAAGAUAAUUGUGAGGAAGUGGAAACUUAUUUUCACCAAACGCUACAGAAAUGGAAUGUUCUUAACCUAACAGAUGGUUAUAUUGCUUUCAAGAAGCAAGUGCGAGACAUCAUUACAUUGCCUCAAUUGAUUCACAAAAAGCAAUAUGUAAUUGACACGCUCAUGGAGUAUCUGAAGAAACAGGAUCCCUUGUUUCUGCAGCCUAUUCUAGAAUUAGUAGUAGCUGUAUCGAGAGACCUUCAGAAAGAUUUUUACGAGUAUUUCCCGGAAUUCUUAUCCGAAAUAAUCCGUUUAUUACAAACGAAAGACACGGAACAAAUAGAGUACACAUUUACCACUCUGGCAUAUCUUUUUAAAUUUUUGUGGCGAUAUCUGAUAAGAAACAUAAGAACUGUGGUCACCCUAUUGUUGCCGUUAUUGUCUGACACGCAACCGGUCUAUAUAAACAGAUUUGCUGCAGAAAGUUUUGCAUUUGUAGGUCGCAAAAUCAAAGAUAAAGAUUCCUUUCUAAAAUUAGUACUACAUAUUUUGGAAGAUAAUCCAAAUGGAGUACCGGGUUGUGCAAAGUUAUUAUUUGAGGUUGUGUUUGGUAUCGCAGGACAAUUUCACUCCUGUGGCGAGCAAAUGUUAUUGAUUUAUUUUAAUGCUUUGCGAGACCAAUCUGUUAAUCAAAAGCUCACUUAUGAAGUAUUGAAAGAGAUCAUAGCAUGCAUAUUAGAAAAUGUACAUUUCCAAAAAUGUGAUAUUAUGUGGAAUGUUAUAUUUAAAGUGAUGGAUAUAUUUAUUGAAAAAUCAAAACAAUCAUUAGAAUCUUCCGAUAGAGAGCAUGCGUUAGUUCUAUUCCUGCGUCUUAUACAUAUUAUUAUCAGUUAUAAGAAUGGAAAGUUUUUAACUGAUGCUAUAUCUCUGAUAAAAAGAUUUGUUUUUAUAAUGGACACAUUAAACGAGGAUAAUAAUAUCCUGCGAGAGAUUAUCAAUGUGUCUAUUGCUAUUCUCUUAGCAUCCAAUGUGAAAUUAAUGCAGGAAAAUUCGAGUCAACUGUUGUUGAAAAUUAUGGCAGUGAACAAUACAGAAUUAUUGUAUUUUGCUGUUGAGAAAUUAAUGCAUUAUUCUUCAUUUGAAACUUUAGUCUUACCUCAUGUAUUGCGACGCAGUAUCUCUAUUGGAGUUGACAGUGAGACAUUGCUUCUCUUUGCUAAAAUAAUUCUUGUCAAAGCAUCGCCUUGUCUUAGUGGUAUAAAUUUGAACAAAUGGAGAAAAUAUAUUCUAGAUGUACGAAAUAUCGGAGUUGAGAGUGUCGAUUAUUUUUUGUUGGAAUUGAGGACAUUGUCUACUGAUAUUGUUUCGAUCGAUGCAAUAAGAAUGUUGAUAAUUUUACCGCAUCUGAAACCAUUGCACGAAGAAUUUAAGACUGUAUUGAAAAAUGGGUUAUUAUUUAUGUAUCAAAAGAUGUUGGAACAUGAUAAUACAGAAGAUGCUGCAAACAUUGAUAGAACUAGUUUUAUAUUUUUAUUAAUGCUAGAAUCGAUAAUACAUAUAUCAGAGCCAAGUGAGCUUCACGAGUUUUUUGAGAAAUCCAGCAUAACAAUAGUUGAUCUUAUCAACAAAUAUCACAAUAACAAAUAUAUCUUGAACGCGAUAGAUCUCUGUUUAACUUAUUUCAUUACCUCAGAGUAUCACGCAAAUUAUAUCAAUUCUGCAUUUUUUGAUAUAUUAAAUAACAACAUAGUGAAGAGGAUGAGUUCACCUUACAGCAGUAUUCGGUUGACCGUAGCACACUUGUAUUCUUUAUUUUCUAAUGUUGAAGAUCUGAGAAGGUCUUCGAUGCAGGAUAACGACAAAACUGCCAUGGAACUUGUCUAUUUAGCGGAAUGUGAACCCGCGACGGUACAAAAUUAUCGCGCCAAAUUAUUGCAUUUACAAGCCUUAGGAUUUCAGAGUCACGCGAUAGCUAAUUUAAAUUCAAAAUAUUACGAAUUUCCAUUGCGUUGCUUGAUUGGUAAUCUAUAUGUCAAUUUCUCUCUGCUCUGGCAACCUAUAAGUAUAAUCCUAGCUAGUUAUGGCAAUAAGGAAUGUCCACAGUUCUGGCCAACGUUUUUAGCCGAAUUAACGUCUAACAAUGUGCAAGAAAUUGAAUGGAAACCGUUGUUCGAUUGUCAUGUGAUCUCCUCAUUGGAGACCCUAAAAGAGAAGCACGACGAUAAACCUGAUUUCGAAAAUUACAAGAUACUACUCUGGAAAUGUAUGGCACAUUUCUCGCAUUACGCCGAGACAAAGAAUAGAGAUUUAACCGGAUUGUUCAUCGAUUUUAUAAAUACAAAUUUCUUUAAAUCCAACUCCGAAGAUGGCAAGUAUUGUAAUAUCGAGAAGCAUAAGGACGUAAUCAACAUAAAUGACGAUACGAAUGACGAAAACAAAGAAAAAGAACUGAAUGAAAUCAUAAAAAUCACGCAAGCGGACACGAAGAGUAGAAAUUACAAGGUGAAACACUUACUUGCUCAAAUGGAGAUAUUUGAAAAAGUGCUAAAUCCAAAAAUGUUACAUAGAGAAGCAGAGAUGCGUCAGAUUUAUUUAGACUUACUUUCUUCGAAAAAUGCCGACAUACAGAAAGCUGCCUUGAAUUGUCUCUUUGCAUAUAAGUACGAAUAUCUUUUGCCAUACAAGGAAUCGCUGUACGGUCUGAUAAGCGAAAAGAAUCUGAAGAAUGAGCUCGCGCGUUUUAAGCUGGAUCGAGAGAGUGACGUGAUCAAGGAGAUCCAUCGUGAGAAUCUCAUACCAAUUAUAAUGAGAAUUAUUUAUGCGAAAAUGAUUAUGAAGACCGGUAUGAGAACCGGCGGGAAGGCCAAUGGAUUUACACGGCGGAAGAUGAUAUUGCGUUUCUUAGGCGGCACGCAGGAAGACGAAAUGAUUAUAUUCAUCCAAAUGGCUUUUCGACCCUUCAAAUCAUAUGUAUCGCUAGAGGUGGAGGACAAAGAGUUCGACUUGAAGCGAUAUACCGAGAAUAUUAUCGACGCGAUCGACCUGACUAAUGUUAUCCCACCUAAACGCAUACAGAGCGCUGUGAAUUUGCUGGCAAUAGUGAUGGAACAAUUCGGUGGUAAGAUGUCAACGAAGCUAUUGCCGCGUUUGCUCAGGAUAUUGAUCUGCAUUUUGGCGGAAGUGACCGGAAUUAUACAUAAAUCGGACGGGGUUUAUCCGGGAUACCUGUCGGCGAUUAAGAACGUACGAACAAGUUGCAUAGGUAUAUUGGCCAGAUUUUUCGCGCAUUUUGAGGACUACGAUUGGAAGCGACACGAGAUUGACGCGGUCUAUCACGUUGCGAUAUUUCCCUGGUUACAGAAAUUACCAGUCGAGGGUAUACACAGUCCCACGGCCUUAUUGAAGCUAUUUAUGGCAUGGGGCCAGAAUCCGCGAUAUCAUUCGUUGUUUGCGAAGCAUCGAGAGGACGACAAGUCGAUCACUCCUCUUCCUUACAUCGUGCAACUCCUUUUGAAUCCCAAGACGCAUCAGUCUGUCAUUAAUGCUAUUUUGGAAAUUGUUGAAAAGUUGCUGACGCUACAAGACUAUGGACAAUCCAACGAGAAUAGCAUGCAAGUGGACGCGUCGUUCUUACCGCUGAUACCGGUACUAACGAAUCUGCUUGACGUGGAGAAGAGUGUACUUCCGAACGGAAUCAAUUAUGGUUCCGCUAUUCUUCUGCCGCACGUCCCUCGCAUUUUGGAAUUUCUCAGAAAUAAACUCGAGAGAUCCAAAAGAGGUAUAAACAAGACCGAUUUGCUUAUAUUGUCACGAAUCUCUGAAUUUGUGACGGACGCUGAAACGUGCGAUACUCUGUUGAAACUGAUAUUGCCUGUACUAGUAAAGAAGGCUGCGUGUGGCAAUAACGAAGAAACUAUCAUUGAGCUUACGACGACCGUAUUGAAUCUCGUAAAAAUUGCAAACAAGCCGGAGAUUCACUUGCGUGCCAUCGCGCCAUUAAUGGGUCUUGUAUCAGACGUGCCUGCUCGUAAGCUUCUUCUGCAAUUGUAUGGCGUUAUCGCCGAAAAAUCUUCGGAGGAAUAUCGCGAGACGAUGAUACGAGAUCGCGAUGUUCUGAUUGCGCUCAACGCAUGGGAUCGCAAAUGGAUUGAUCAACCGGAUUUUCAGAAAAGAUUGGAUGCUUUCGACGAGAUCAACGAUAUGGCUAAGAGAAACGCCAUCACCCUGGAAUUCGGCGUGACUGUAAUACACAAUUGCUAUUAUUUCUUGAAGACCGAAUCGGAUCUGGCAAUGAGGGAUUGUGCCGGUCAGUGUUUGAAACUUGUGGGAUCCAGAUUGGCGAAGGAACACCAGAAUAACGUCUCGAACAGACGUUAUCUAAUGGACGAUACAAUUCUGGCGCUCACGAGGAAAGGAAUUACGAGUAAGAAUGAGACUGUUCGCCUUCAAUCAAUAGCCCUUUUAGGACACAUGGUUCUGGAAUGCGCGGAUGUGCAUCCUAUCUUGCGAGACAUGUCAUUGCUCGCCAAUCGUGCCGAUCCCGAGGUUGAUUUCUUCGAGAAUAUGCAGCAUUUGCAGUUACACAGAAGGGCUCGAGCGUUAUUGAAAUUCUGUACGCUCGCCAAAACAUUACGGAAAGCGUUCAAUUCUCGAACCUUGACGCAAUUUAUUCUUCCCCUCUGCUCGUCAUAUCUAUGCAACGAAGCUUUCAUUCAUAAAAAUAGCCUCGUCGAUGCUGCCAUCGAAACUAUCGGGAUGGUAUGUAGACUUUUACCGUGGCAUCAUUACGAGAUCAUCUUGAGGUAUUAUUUAAAUAAACUAAGGAGAUCCAUGGAGUUUCAAAAACAACUCAUUAGAAUAGUAGUAGCGAUAUUAGAUUCGUUCCAUUACGAUCUCUCAAAAUAUAAAGAAACGCAAAAGAUUACGCAGGUCGAAGUUACUUCGGCGAGAAUGGAGGAUAAUGCCACUUUGAUCGGCGAAGAGAAAACUAGUGAAAUAAACGGUGAAGAUGCGAACCUCGAGGAUAAAGAAACUGAAGAAAUAUUGGAGGAAGCAUUAAAUGAUGAAAAUGUCGAGAAUGUUGAAGAAGUAGAACAGGAUAAUGAAGUAGCGAAGGAAGAUUUACCGAUAAUCGAGAGACAGACAUUACUUUCGCAAAGCGGAGCGAAGAAAGUGAUGUUCGGUAUAUCGAACGGUUUGUUACCCCAGUUGCAUCGAUCCAUUAUGGCCAGAACGCGGCAGGACAGUAGCCAUAAAAUUAAUAAGAAGAAGCUUGCAUCCGAAACGGAAGAAGAUGAUUUACUGAGAGUUCCCAUCGCUGUCGCACUUGUUAAAUUACUACAAAGAAUGCCCGGGAGUCUUCUGGAUGCAAACCUGCCAGGGAUUUUUAUGAAACUGUGUACAUUUCUUAAAUCGCGUAUGGAAUCAAUUCGACGCACAACUCGCGAGACACUGCAAAAAAUUAUGAUAACGUUAGGACCAAAAUAUCUUCAUCAUCUUUUGAAAGAAAUGAAUACAUUAUUAACUAAGGGUUUCCAAGUGCAUGUUCUCGUGUACACAGUACAGUCCGUAUUACUUGUACUGAAGCCUUAUUUCCAGAAAUAUGACAUUAAUCACAAUCUACAAAGUAUUUUAUCUGUGUGCAAAGUCGAUCUAUUUGGAUUAACUGCGGAAGAAAAGGAGAUAGCUGGUAUUGUUAAAAAUGUAUCAGAAGCAAGAAGUACUAAAAGUUUUGACAUUUUCCAUAUAUUAGCAGAAUUUAUAACAAAAUCUUGCUUAUUGGAUUUAAUUCUGCCAUUAAAAGAAGUGCUGAUGAAAACGCACUCGUACAAAACGAUAAACAAAAUUACGGAAUGUCUCCGGAACGUAACUCUUGGAUUGGCGGAUAACUCUUAUAUACCACUGGAACAGAUGCUCAUAUUUCUCUAUGGCAUUAUUUCAGAAAGCAUACCGGAUUUUAUGCCGGAAAAAGACAACAAAAAGCUUAGGGAAGAGGAAACGAAAUCUCUCGUGCAGCAGCAAUCAAAUUGUUUCAUUAUACCACCAGAACCCAAAAACAGAAUAGGUAUUAAAACUACAGCGAAAACCACCAAGCGUACCAAUGUACACGUAAUGAUAGAAUUCGGUUUGAAACUGUAUCAUAUACUACUAAAACGAGACAAGAUCUCCUGUACGGAAUACAAACUUUACUUGGAACCCUUCGUGCCGGUUUUGAGCGAUUGUUUAAAUUCUCAUCACGUUAAGCUAUGUACCGUAGCUUUACAAUGUUUAAACUGGAUGCUGAAAAUGGACUUAACUUCGACACGCGAAUCGAUAUCGGGAAUUUGUACCACCAUGUUCGACAUCUUGCAUAAAUACGCCGCUGCGGGAUUAAGCAAGGGAGACAACUUCGAUCUCGUGAUGGCCACAUUCAAAUGCAUGUCCGUGAUCGUCCGUGACGUGAAAUACUUCAGUAUCGACGCUGAUCAAUUAAAGAUUCUUAUCUUAUAUGCGGAACAGGAUCUGCACGACAGUGAUAAGUACGCCACUGCGUUUACAUUGCUCAAGGCUAUAAUUCAUCGGAAAAUGAUUAUUCCUGAAAUGCACGCUGUCAUGGAAAAAGUCGCUAAACUGAGCAUUACCACGGAAUUGGAGCACGUUAGAUUGCAAUCGCGUUCUUUAUUCUAUUCGUACUUGAUGGAAUAUCCUCUUGGUAAACAUUUAGAUAAACACAUUUAUUUUUAUCUCAAACAAUUGAGUUAUAACUUGCAGCCAGGCCGAUUGAGCGCACUGGAGAUGAUUCACACUAUCGUCACGGGAUUCCCAUUAAAAAUUUUAAUUAGAAGAUCGGAGAUUAUAUUUAUAAUGACGAGCGCAAGAUUAAUAGACGACGAUGAUCCGACCUGCCGUAAACUUUGUGCGAAAUGUAUAACAGAAAUACUCACCCGGAUAUCCUCCAACGAAAGAAAUAAACUAUUCAACAAGUGGCCUGUUCAAUGGCUAGGUGAUUCCAAUAUAAGAUACCGGACAUUAGCGGCACAAUUAUGCGGCAUAUUUGUGACUGUUGAAAAAAAUGAGUUUGAUUUAAGAUUAUCUCAAAUUUUGCCAUUGUUAUUGAAGCAGUUCCACGCAAAUUCUUCCGUUUCCGACAAUGAAAAGCCUGGAAAAUUUGUCAAGCUAAACAAUGAAAACCAUUUACAGAAAAAUCUCAAUUUAAAGGAUUCGGAAAGAGCAAAAGAUCAUCAUUUAAUUCAAGUGUUACACUUGUUACUAAAGAUUGCAAAUUACACAUCAUUCUUCACGAAUGAACAGUACAAAGAUUCCAUUGACUCUUUUGCUGAAUAUAGUCAGUCUUUGUUGUCUCAUCCACAUUUCUGGGUUCGAUUAGCUGCCGCACAAUUUAUUGGAUUUGUCUUGACUGCUCUAGACGUUGAUAAAGUUGUGGAGCUUUUAAAUAAUUCCGAGAAUGAGAAAACACAAGAAGGAUACAUGUAUUCAAAUCCUGUUGAUACUUUAAAGAGUUUAAUUUUAGAUCUAAUAGCGCAACUCUAUCCAGAUAUGACAUUUGAAGAAUUAGCAGAUCAAGUUGUGAAAAAUCUGAUUUUUAUCGCAAAAAUAUUAAAAUCGAUUAAAAUAUCUGGUGUGCAUUGUAACAAACAGGAUGAAGGAAAUAUAGCAAAGGAUAACAAUAAUUUAUCUCUUUCUUGGCUUAUCAGAAGAUUGAGAAAAGCUGUUAAUAUAGAGAUAACACAAGCUCCUAAAUCGACAUCAGUUAGAACUGCAGUGUUUAAAUUUAUUGCUGGUGUAGUAACUACAAUUCCUAUGGAAUAUUUAAAUGCGAUACUUUUUAAUAUCAUGUCUCCAUUGGUACGAGAGAUAGCUAUAACAGAAGAAACUAAUAUUGAAUUACGUCGACUUGCCAAAGAAGUAGUUGCCAUGAUUAAAAAAUCUGUAGGAAACGAAGAAUAUAUCAAAUUAUUGAAUCGAGUGCAACAAAAACAUGAUAUUAAGAGAGCAGAAAGGAGAAAAGUUCGCACACAACAGUUUGUAGUUGAUCCUGAUCUGGCAGCUAAACGCAAAUUGGCUAGACAACAAAAGAAAAAGGAGUCGAAGAAAAGGAAAAUUAAUAAUAUAAAAGGAAACAAAGUAGUAAAGAAACGCAGAAAGAAAGUAGACCCGGAUGAACUAUAAUGUAUAAUUUAUACGAUUUUAUAAUUGCACAAUAAAUAAUUGUGACUUGUAAAUAUUUAUAAUAUAAAAUAUAUGUAUAAAUUAUUGUAACAUUUUUACAGAGACAUACAAGAAUACGUACAAACAUUAAUACAUUUUAUAAUUGUGAAAAGUUCUAAAUAAUGACUAUGAGUAACUAUAUACUAUAUAUCUAUAUAUGUAAAGAAAGUUAGAAGUGUAAAAGAGUAAUAUACAUUGCCGCGCAUGCGCGAAAAA